CAGAAAGUAGUGUUCCAAGAUGGCGACCUCCUUGCUGAGAAUUUUUCACGCUGCGUUUCAAAAUGUGGAAUUUAGACUACUGCAGGCGUUUGGCUUGCAUCCCCCACCAGCCCCUGCUCUAGCUAUCCCAGGCUGCCACCAGCCUGCGCAGGACUCUGGCAGGACAGAACCCUCGGGUCUGAGCAGUCUGUUAGACGGAGUGUUCCUCAUGGCAGCCCCCAAGUCACGCAGAAGUCUGGAGAGGAGACACAAGAGGCAGCGUCACCCAGACAAACUCAUCAAACCUAAGGAAAACCUGUUCCCCUGCCCUGAGUGUGGUUCCAUGAUGCAGGAAGGUUUCCUGUGUAUGAACUGCUACCAGCGCAUCAAGUACGAAACCGACAUCAUCCGCCUGAAGAUGAAGGAGACAGAGGUCGACGGUCUGGCCUCCAUCAAGGAAACCGUUGUGCGGUAUGCAGGCGAAACGAUUACAGAGUCCGACAAGACGAAAAGGGUCAUUGAGAUGUCCCGGAAGAAACCUCACUGGUUCACAAAGGACAUGUAUGAACACUGGAAGACUAGCUGAAAAGUACUGUGCAGUUAUGGAUGCAAACACCAGGUGGCACUGCUACCUUGUCAUGCCCCUAAAGGCAGUAUGUUCCUAGUGUAGGACUUAUCCCAAUAUGUAAGUAGAUGUAGGGAGAGUACAGUGUUGUGAACUGUUCAAACUUGACUUGACAUAUAAGAAAUUUAACUACAGUCUACAGCAAUACUGGCACAGGUACCCAUAGUCCUUUGCUCUCAAAGUGGCUCUGUGUGUUCUAAUCAUCGGUAUUAUAUAUCUGU